AUGUCGACGCUCUCCGAGCCCCGCCGGCCUCGCCUGCUCCCCCAGAACCGCAAGCUCCGCCAUCUCAAAGGUCUCUCGUUGCGAAACCUGACCUUUGCCCUGGCCACCUCGCACUCCGCCGACGAUGCAGCCAUACUCGGGAGCCCCAGCAAGCUCGGCAUGCUGCGCGAGGCCGCACACCUGCACACGUCUCGCUCGUCCGAUAGCCUGCGGCGGGAUGGCCUGCGCGCUGAGAAGAGGAGGCCGCCCGCCCAACCUCGUAGGACGAGCUUGAGUCUUUCGCAUGCGAAUCCCUCGACGCGCCAGAAGAGGCUGGAGAGUCUGGUGCAAGCCUCGGUGGGAGACGCCUUCUUCUCGCUGCAUGUGGCCGAGUGCGAGGAGCCCAUCUACAUUAGCGAAGUCCGCAAUCAAUCCGCGAACUUCAACUUCCAAUUCUUCGAUCUCUCGGCCGACGGACCCCUUGUUUCGAGAUCAUGCACCGUCAGCAUCCGCGUCUGGGCAAAGCGGCCCCAGCAGACAUGGGUCUUUCUCCUCCAAGAAUUCAUAGAUUUACGACGACUCAACUUUAUCAGCACAUUAAUAGACCGUCAAUUCCCCCCCAAUGCCAUAAUACUACACCUCGAGGACGGCGUAUACUCGCUCGAUUUCCCGACCAAGACGGCCGACCCGAAACAUGCUCCCCCGGCAGCCGCGACUUCUUCGUACAACGCACUCAUGAAGCUCGCUAACCUCGAAAGCUCCAUACAAGAUGCCAUCGACACCCAGCACAGAAUCACCCAGCAAAUCAACCAAAUCCUCGAAAAAUCCCCGAGCGACCCGACCCCUGCUGCCGAUGAAGAAGUAUCCCUUGCCGACAAGUUCGUUGCCACACAGCAGCGAGCAAACAAGACGGCCCGAAAACGACGGGACGAGCUGUUGGAGUCACUGCGCAGCAGGAGGGAAGCCAUUUCAACAGGCAGGGACGCCCAGGCGGCGGCAGAAAAAGACAUUGCCAACAACAAGGAGAAGCUGGCCGCUUCCAUUGCGCUGCUGCACAAGACGGAGCAGCAAAUUCGCGGCCAGAGGCGGAGGAUAUGCUCGGAGCUGUCAGACAUUUUCCCCAUCACCCCGAUCCCAAACGCGCCUCCGUUGUCCUUUCAAAUCUGCAACCUGCCACUGCCCAACUCGACAUACGACGCCGCCACGGCCAGGGCAAUCAACGAGGACGUGCUCUCCGCAGCGCUGGGCCUCGUCGCGAUGCUCACGCGCCAUUUGCAGUUUUACCUAUCCUGCCCGCUGCCAUACCCCCUGUCAGCCUGCGGCUCGCGGUCCUACGCCAGAGACGACAUCUCCCACAUCCCCGAGCGGCAGCCCCAGCGGCGCGAAUUCCCCCUCUACCUGCCCCGGGGCGGCUCGACAAUCGCCCAGUGGCGCUUCGAAUACGGCUGGUUCCUGCUCAACAAGAACAUCGAGGCCCUCUGCGCGUCUCAGGGCCUCAAGGUCGUCGACAUCCGGCACUCGCUCCCUAAUCUAAAGUACCUCCUCUACGUGUGCAGCGCCGGAACAGACGAGGUUCCCGAGCGCAAAAAGGGCGGCGUGCGCGGUCUGUGGGCGGGCAGGUUGAAAGGCCGCAUGGGCGCCGUGGCCGACGCCGAAAGCAGCAGCAGUGCCGGCGGCAGCAGGAGGGGAAGCGCAGACAGCGAGAUUGCGAACCAGCACGGCGAGGCGCUGCGCAACGCGGCCGCACAGGCGAAUGGCGACGGGGACGGCGGCUGGGGAGCGGACAGUGGUGUCGGCCUGUUGCCGUUUGGGGACGACGCGAGGUUUACCUUGCGCACCAAGGGGCUGAGGGAGAAUGUUGCAUAG